AAUAAUUAAAUUCAACAAUUAACUUUAGUUUCAAAAUCAUGUACUUACUUGUUUAUGUGGUGCCCCAUCCAAAGUUGGAGUGAAUAAUGUCACCGUUUGAAAUAAUCUGUGGUUAAAUGAGAAAUUGACAAGGUUUUGUGUUUGACUUUGAGAAAGAGGAGAAGGUAAAAAGGAAAAAGAAUUGAAAAGAUCAUUUCAUCCCAAAACCAUCAAAGCUACCAAUAAUUUAAUCUGCUUUCAUUCUCAACUGUGAAGACAAAUGGAAUUUAGUCGAUAUACCUGAAAAGAAUUCCAGCAAGGAGCAGAAGGGUUUCUACUGACUGAAAGCGGGCGAUUUUAAUGACGUAGGGAUAUCUGCGAUGCACCGUGUAGCAAGUGCAGGCAACACAUCCAAUUCGGUGCGGGCUCGGAAGGAGAAGAGGUUGACUUAUGUUUUAAAUGAUGCCGAUGACACUAAGGUCAUUCUUUGCCUUGCUCUUUCAUCUGCAAUUAUCUCGUUUAUCGUAAUUUGCUUCGCAUUUGCAUUUUUCUAGGAGCAUCAUCCAUGUGAUCUUUAAUUGUCUCUUUCGAUACAGUUAUCCAGAUGACAUAUGUUUACCCUAAAAAUCGGAUAACAAUUGAAUUUAUACGCGGUUUUAAGGAUACACGAUAUAACUUGAUACAAACGAUUGAAUUUAUACGCGGUUUUAAGGAUACGUGAUAUAACUUGAUACAAAUUAAGGAAACAUAUUAAAAUUGAAAUUGGCGAUAAAAGAAUUAAUGCAAACCACACGAAUCGAGCAACCUUAUGCCAAACUGAUUAUCAAAUCGAACAGUCUUGACCCUCGAGUUUGAUCACCCUUGAUCCGAGAGAUGUCUCGACUGAUGUAUGAACAUAAUUACAAGAUGAUAAAAGCUAGAAAAUGAUAGUAUAUUGCUUUAUAUUGCGUAAUGUGUCCCCUUACAAAUGAUCAGACCCCCUUUAUAUAGUAGGGGAGUCCUACUAUUGAUACAAUUCGAUACAAGGUAAGAAAUCUCAUGAUUUGCUAAUCAAUCGGCCUAUCUUUGAUACGUGCCGAGAUUUCCGCCGUGAUCUACAACCGAUCGCGGAUAUUUCGUCCUUCUGUUAUUUGGCUUGGUAAAUUUCCCUCGAUCUCGUCUAAUCUCGAUUUUGUUCAAUGACAUGGUCUCGAGUUUAACGAUAUAGCUUCGCACCUCGGUUUGAUAUAAUUCGAGGUUGAACUUUAACCUACCAUUUUUCAGUCUCGAUUAGUCGCUUAAGAGGCGAACCCGGUUUUGACCGUAUACAGAUAGUCCCCUCGUUUCUCGGAAAGAAGAUGACGAGAAACGAUAUGAACUUCUGAAUCGCCUCUCGAUGGGCCAUGACGUAAGCGACAAACGGAUAUCGAAACGUCCCGUCGGCCCAGUUACCAAGGCAUUAAAUGCCUGUCAGUUGCUGGUCGGCCACUAUGGGUUCUGAACUGUCAUCAGCAAGCUAUAAAUACCCUAACUUUCAUUUAUUCAAACAUUACGUUCAAAACUCCUCCUAUUCUUGUUCUUCAAAAAUCCCUUUGCUUCCAACUCUUGCACCCAAAUUUCUUGAGUUUUUAGCAAACCGCUAAACAUACCUUCCUAAUUUCCUUUUCUUCUGUUCUACAAUGACGAAAACUUCUAAGACUGUCCUGCGAAAGGAGGCCGCCUCUUCAUCAUGGCCCGCCGGCGACGUGGCUGCGGCGGAACGACACCCUGAGGAGUUCGUUUCUGCAGGGUGCCCGACCGUUGCCGAUUUUAAGAUUGAAAAAACUUCCUCGGUACCGGGUCGAUGCGAGCCGGUUUCGAGGUACAUAUGUACAAUCACCGAUGAUCUCCUCACCAAGGUUAAAGAAGAUUGCAACUGGGCCAAUAAACAUGUGGUGGUCCCUUUGCCUGAGGAGUCAAUCAUUACCCACGUGGAGGGUUUUUUAAGUGUUUACACUUACCCCUUCACGUUGGGUCCCUUAGACCCGAUCAUUAUUGCUUUCUGCAAGAGGUACGAUGUGACUCUUGGCCAGAUUCACCUUUCGUUCUAGAGAAUAGUGAUUCUCCAUCGAUUCUUCGUAAACAAAAUCGAAGGGUGUUCCUUCACCCUCGAUCACCUUGUGCGUCUCUACAGUACCCGACUCUAUCGAGGGGGGCUAGUCAAGCUUGCUCGCCGGGCCAGUAGGGCCCUGUUCUCGAGUAUAGAUGAGGCUCGAGAUCGAGGUUGGAUGGGCCGUUUUGUUUGAAUAAAGACUUCAGAUUUGAUCCCUGCCGAGGACAUGCCAUUUCCCGAGAAAUGGAACAUGAAACGUAAGUAUUACUUUGCCUUGAAGAUUUAAUCUAUUGUUUCUCCUCUUAUCUCCUUUUUAUGGGUGUUUUUGGUGUUGCAACUGUGGCCCAGAUGCCGUAUGUGGUUCCCCAACUCAAGGAAUGGGUCGAGGACCUUGUGUCACAAAGACCAUAUUCCGAGCGUGCUUGGAUGGAAUUAUCGAAGGAUCGGUGGGAGGCCCGUAAUCAUGGUCUCCCCAAGGACGUUGCUAUGAGGCCUCCAUUUGAGGGUGAGGAUGUGCCUCUCGAGUCCCCUGCUCCGAGGCAAGGUGUCGAGAAGAAGAGGAAAAGGGCCCCGAGCCCUCUGGACUCGGAGAAGAAAAAACCAAAGAGGAGGCUGGCGCGUAAAGCUAAGGAAAGUACCAGCGCCCUCCCAUCGGACUCGAUCCGCCGACUGAGGGAUGAGUCCGAAGAAGAAGAAAAAGAUAACUCUGAGCUAGUGGCUCGGGUGCAGACCGCUUUGCCUCGAACUGAGGAGGCCGUUGAGAAGGCAUUGGCCGGUACCUGCGAAUCGGAACGAGGUGCGGUUGCUUUGCCUCAGGCCAGGGAGGUCGAGAGAGAGAUCGGGGCCGACACUUCUCGGGCAGAGGGAGGUGCCCCGAGGGACGAGCUUGGGGCGGUCGACCUUACCGGGUCCCCUCAGAUCUCAGACGCCAUGAUACGCGAGGCCGGUAUGCAACUGAUAUCCACAACUUCUUGGAUGGGUUAGAGUCCACUGCCUCAGAAGAUGUCACCGGGCUUGGUGACUUAUCGGUGCCAAGGAGGGUACCAUCAUCGGGUGCCAGUGGGUCUUCAUCGAGCCCGAAACUGGUGGAUCGGUUCCCGGCUCCAAGUGUUAACCCUGACUGCAGGCGGUCGAUAGUUUUCUCUAUCCCGGAGGAUGCCCAGGUUUUUUCUGCCCCCGUGGGAGUUGCUAUCUACCUUAGUUGCUUGGUGACCGAAGAAGACCAAGCCGUGACGGACGCGGUGGAAGCGCCUUACCUAUUUAAUGAAGCCCAACACGCUUUGAAUCGGGUAACUUCGAGUGUCACUCUAUUAUUUAUUUUAAAUUUGAAGUUGUAAAUAAUCCUAAGACCUUUCUUUACGCUUGCAGGCCUUGGUAUUGCACCAUGAGGCUUUCCUCCGAAUCCGGGAGGAGUUAACCCAACACGAGGCUGAGGUUCGGGAGC